AUGUGUUUCAGUGAUGGGAGUGGUCUCAAGAGUCGAAUACCUCAAGUCUUGAUUAUUUCCUUGUCGGCAAAUUUCACUCUUUUUGCUGAGCACCACUUCGAGAAACGAGCGCGAUUGAUCACUUCGAAGAAUCGCUGCUCCGAAUACCAAGCAAGAAUGUUUACCUUUCUGAUGCCCUAUCGCCAAUGUUCCAAAAUCUCACUCGGACAUAACCGCCCCUCAAGGCAUCCGUCAUUCCUAGCGACUAGCCCUGGUGAUUCUCCCAAAGCAUUGCUGAAAAGUGGAACAGCUACUGCAUAUCCUACCGGCUCGUGUGGCACCAAGUACUCCUGGCCUACGGCUUCGAUGAAACGAGACCAUUCUCGCAGUUACAGGGAAGCUCAUCAAACAACUAAGCGGUGGAUAAUGGGCACUCGCAGUGUCCUAAAAAGUUGCGUGGGAUUUGGGUCGAAAGAAGGGCUUAGUACAUCCCGAAGUCCGUUCGUUACGGGAAUCCAUUUGAAGUGGUCUGUUGUCUGA